AAGUUUCUGUUCCUCAAGUGAAUAUUUAAGAUGACAAAUAACUAUCUGCAAUCCCGCUCUGCUUACCCUCCAAAGUAUCUGAAGAAAUCCUUUGCUCAGGUGGAAACCAAGCACUUUCAAAUGCCAUUCUGUUGUUUAGAUGCUGAGGAAUUUGAGAAAAUUAAGCACAAAGCAAGUGCUGUCUGGAGAGAAGAACAUGAGAAUGGACUGAAAAGCGUGACUACUUAUUCAGCUGAAUAUAAAAAAAAGCAACUGGAUGAACCAACUCAGAACCUGGUCCGACCACACUCCCCAACCAGACGGAAUAAACCCCAUCCAUCAGAGUUAUUUUUAGUGACUCGGCUUCAUAAAAUUCCAAGACACUACAACACAGCUAAAGGUGCAUCCAUCUUGCCAUCACGAGAUAAAUGGGAAGAAGUUCUCAGACUGUCACCAGGAUGGUGUAAAUCUAAUCCACUUCCACAGGCAGCAGUAAAUAGUAACAGAACCAGAGAGAAACAACAAAAAUUGACUGAUGUGAUCGCAGUCUGUUCGUCAUUUCAGACGCUCUUCAGUAACUCAAACACAGUCAUGGUAGCAGAGGCCUGGAUGAAGUUUGCCAAUGAAAAAGAUCGCCAGGCUGUGAACAGAAUGAUGGACUGUGCCAUCAGUGCAUCAGUGGAUAUAACAAGAAGUAACACUCCAAGGCAAAGCUACAUCAGUCAAGCGCUGUCCAGAUUUGUCAAGUGCCAAUACAUAACUUCAAUUAACCACUGGUUGCAGAAAGCUAAAAAUGAAGAAACCUUGGCAGUGGAACGGCUACUGAGAACUCUCUCUCGUAUCAAUCCUCGAAAUGUACAAGGUCCUCACUUCCAACUGGCAAACUGUGCCUGCCUGUGUGAGAUGACAUCCAAGCCAUACAUCUAUGAUUAUCAAAUACACCCAGAGUGGGUGACCCAGCCUUGGCACACUCAGUACAGAAAAAUGCAAACAUGA